CUCCUCACCACUCCCCACCGCAUUCUACUCCCCUUCCACGCACUCACAAUCCACCUCGCGGGCUGAAAUCGUUACAAGCGGGAAUAUCACCCUCACACACCGCAGGUCUUUCCGGGUCACUCUGUCUCCCCUCUUCAUGCUCUUCCCCCCUGGGAAUUCACUUUGUUUCACUGCACGCUUCACCCCCUUCGAUGGGGGCCCCUCCAAUUACCAUCUCUCCCGCUCCCAUUCCCUUCAACGACGGGGACCCGCCCCAUCCCCCUUCUCCCCAGCGUCCAGUCCCCCACUGCCCCCCGCCCUUUCCUCCACUCCCACACGCCCAUUCCCCCACUCCCGUCGUUCUUGCCCUAUCCCCCCCUCCUCCAAUACUCCUCCCUCCUUCGCCCCUUUCCCACACAGUUUUCCUGCCUUUCCCCAACGCCACCCUUACCUUUCCUAACGCACCUCCCUUCCCCGCGAUACCACCCUACCACCCUGAAUUUCCCCUACCAACACCCUACCACUCCCCCAUUCAUACCCCCCCCCCCCUUCUCCCGCUCCUACCCUCUCUUUCCCCCACUCCACCUCGUCCCUCCCCGCACAGCCUCCGGCCUUUCGGUUACUUCCCCGGUCCAAUCCCCCACUUCCCCUACGACUUUUACCCCACCCCCUCAGGGCCACACCGCCUUUUCAACCAGGCAUGCCACGCACCUCCCAACGCGCCUCACCCUGCUAACCAUGUCAACCUCCCAUCCCCCCUGCUACCCCUGUCAUCCUCCCAUCCCCCCUGCUACCCCUGUCGUCCUCCCAUCCCCCCUGCUACCCCUGUCAUCCUCCCAUCCCCCCUGCUAACCAUGUCAACCUCCCAUCCCCCCUGCUACCCCUGUCAUCCUCCCAUCCCCCCUGCUACCCCUAUCAUCCUCGGCGAUGGUGCGGCAGGACCGGGGGGACCGGAAGAGGCAAUGGGGACAGAGGCAGGGAAUUGGGUGGUGACGGAGGGCAGGUGGGGGCGGGGCAGGGGGAGGCCACGUGUUGGGCGGGACAGCCGAGCGAGCGGCGGCUGA